GUGUUGCUCAGGGUGAAGGUCUGCCACUUCAGGGUGUGCGAGAGGUUGCUAGACUUGCUCCUCAAAAUGAUAUUCGACAAAAAUCGGCCAGGAAUGAUUGCUGACGUACCAGAGGAGCUCAAACUCUGCGUGGUACAAUGUUUAUCAACACUCAUGCUCAACGUGGACCACGAGACGAGGCUCAAAAUGUUGCAGGCCAAUGUCCCUUUGCUGGCACAAGCUAUAUUUGUUUCAGUACAUUUGGCCAAGUUAGAGAAGCUUAGAGCUUUAAGAUUAGCAGCACUGAACUGCCUAGCGGUGCUCACAGUGACACACCCCGAGCUAACAGAUGGUGUUGGUCACAUAACUGACCCCGCACUAGAGGAGGUGGUGGUGAGCAUGAUGGCCUGCAUUCUGCCGGGGGUGCUUGCUGCUCUGCAGGACGUGGCCAUGUGUACUGACAACCCAGGGCAUGCUGUUGUCGCGGUGAGUCACUGCAUUCCAAGUUAAAUGAGCCUCAAUAGCUCAACAAUACAGAGGUCAGACUCAUCACCGAGCGAUGGUGAUUCGAUUCCUGCUCCGUUGGACUAUUGUCGAUACCCACUCCUAAGACAGUCUUCCAACUAAAUGGAAUGGGAAUAUUGGUCAUAAUUAAAUGAUACGGCAAAUAUGCAUUAGAAUCUGUUGCAUACUUUUAAAAGAUUAAAUGAGCUACUUAUGUAAGGAGCUAAAGCUAUAACCAGACGACCUACACCAAAUGAUCCAAGCACAACAGCCAAUUACGGCCUAGCAUGAGAACGGCCCAGAAGGCAGAAGAAGAGAA